GGGAGUGAGUGUAGGCAACGUGAUCGAGACACACGGGGGGUAUAGUGUCGCCUUUGGCCCCGUAUCGUAGCAGCGUCAUCGUAACUGAUCGACGGUGCAGCGUUGGGUGACUGUUUUUCGGUAAGCCGCCAUUCGUCUCGUAACCUUUCUGAUCGCAAGACAACGCAAGACAAGUGAACUACGCCGCGCAAUCGUCUAUCUGUUCGCCAUUUUGGGCGUCGAAAUGUGUGUUUACUUUUGUGCAUAGUUUAGAAAGAAAUCAGAAGCGAAAUCAGUUCUUACUAUUUACCUGUUGUGUAUCUGAAACAGCUGAUAAUAAUUUUCAAUAAUUCAGGGUGUCUCUUUUCCUCCCAUUAUCACCAUGCUCUUAGCCGUGAGAAUUUAAAUUGUGGAUGUGCAGCAGUGCGGUGGUGAUCAACGAACUCCAGACAAUAUGAGCGCUGUGACAGUUCUGGAUGGUGGCUUUGCCACACAGCUCUCGGUGCACGUUGGAAAGAGUAUUGAUGGAGAUCCACUGUGGAGUGCUCGGUUCAACGCUACCAAUCCAAACGCUGUGUUUCGGACGCAUCUGGACUUUCUGGAGGCAGGUGCUGAAGCGAUCAUGACCAAUACGUACCAGGCCAGUAUCGAAGGAUAUGGCGAGCAUCUACAUCUCAACGAAGACGCCAGUUUGAACCUGAUCAAGUCGACGGUACGUGUAGCGCAGAUGGCCCGGACUCGAUUUCUGGCUUCACGAGUGAGCACCAAUCAACCACGCACCACACCAUUGCUGGUGGCUUCGAUAGGACCGUAUGGAGCACAUCUACACGAUGGAUCGGAGUAUACGGGUAGCUAUGCGACCACGGUAUCGCCAGAUACGAUCCAAAAGUGGCAUCGACCCAGAAUCGAUGCCUGUGUCGAGGCAGGCGUCGAUGUGCUCGGGAUUGAGACGAUUCCGUGCAAGAUGGAAGCUGCAGCACUGUUUGAUAUGAUGUGUGAAGAGUAUCCUAGCGUGCGAUUCUGGAUCUCGUUCCAAUGCAAGGACAAUCUACACCUGGCCAAUGGUGAGCUCUUCAGCGAGACAGUGAACUCACUCUGGGCUAGGGCACGUGCAAGGCGUAACAAGACUUUGCUGGCGCUAGGUGUCAACUGUGUACAUCCACAGAUCGUAACGCCACUGUUUAAGAGUGUAAACGAGCAGAAGGCACCCGAGGUUCGCAUUCCCCUCAUUGUCUAUCCAAACUCGGGCGAAAUCUAUACCGUUGAAGAGGGAUGGCAGGGUAAGGAAGACUGUGUUCCUCUAGAGCACUAUGUACCCCAGUGGGUUGAGCUUGGUGCGCGGUUUAUAGGUGGAUGCUGCAGAACCUACGCUCGAGACAUUCAGCGCAUCAAGCAGGCUGUGGAAACUAUCGCCGAGAAAUCACAUCAAUGAUUCUUCAAAGACUUCCAGCCUAUUGGCUAUGAUAGUUUUAUUCAAUUUUAUAUACUAGACUUAUUCUUAGAUAUUAACGACAAUCACCAUUUAUGUAGUAUCGAUUCUGAUGUUAUUUGAUUUCAUGUUGCAUCGUGUGUCGUUCGAACUUCGUAGAAUCGCGCUGGGAGCCAUUAUCAACCAAGAGAUGCAUGUUGUACCAAGAAGAUUGUAACGAUUUUUCCAACUGUUUUAUCGUCUAAAGUGGUUUUCAUUAAAGAUAUCCGAAAUACUUUUCCUAAGGGAAUACAUCACGCCAGGCGAAUACACAAAUCUUGGACACGGAUUCUGGACCAUUCUACAGACUAAUGAUGAUAGGCUGGACUAACGGAGCACG